AUGUCGAAAUCGAUAAAGAAAAAAAAUCAAAAACGAAUUCUAAUAGGUGCACCCAACAAUGAGAUUUCUUCUUCACGAUCAUCAUCAUCUAUUAUUGAUGACGAUGAAAUAAUAAAUAUUAAAAGUCUCGUUCAAAAGAUCUUAAUCUACAGUGGAAGGCCAUUAAAGCCACUGGAACCAUAUAAAAUACGUGAGAAUUUAAAUGAAAUUCACAUAAAAGAAAGUGGUGAUGAUGGUGAAGAAGAGGAAAAUGAAGAAUCUGUUGCAAUGCAGGUGGUGAUCAAGAAGUUAGAAAACAUUGAUUACAAUGAAGAAGAAGAAGGUCCACUUAAUGAUGAUGGCGAAGAAGAUGAUGAUGAGGAAGGGAGGAGAAACAGAAUGAAGAAUCUGUUGUGA